AUGUCACCAAACAAGGAGUUGAUGACAUUCAUGGCUAAUGAAUAUUACUCUAGAGCUAGAAGAAGCUAUAAAGAAAUGAAAGGACCAUACACUUUGCCAAGAAAUCAGAUUGGAAAGCCAGCUAGAGCAAUCUUAUAG